CGCAACCAGAAAGAAGAGAGAGAGAGGAGAGAGAGAGAAAAGGGAGAGAGGGAAAGUGACCGUCUGGAAUGGGUAAGGACUGGGAAAAGGAGUGUUCGUCCAAGUAAAAAGGGGAGUGUACCUCUUGAGAGUCUAAUUGAUUCUUUUGCUGAUUGGCGUCUCUCUGACCCACCUGCCAACACUAACGGUCUGAAAAUGGCCCAACUAUCCUUAGGACAAUGGCGGGCCCUACUAAAUGCAGCCAGCAAUAUGGAGAAACCGUAUCUGCAAGCACUCGUAGAUAGUGCUAUAGAAAGGGAACGGGAACCAGAGAAGGAGAGGAAGGAACAGCUGCUGAAAAGUCAGGAGGCCGUCUUGGAAAUUGUUCCCCCGCUGACCAAAGAGGAGUGUGGGGAACAACUGCACUCCAUACUCACCGCUAUCGUCCAAGUCCGGAGGCUUGAAGAUCAUACCACUCAGAUCACCGACGUCUUCGCAAAAUUGAAGACACUUCAGGAGGAUCUGACUCAUAUGACCAGCAAGUACCGCGACUUGAUGGUAGAGGUUGCUGCAUUGCGACAGGUCCAGGUAACCAAUCCUCUUCCUCUAACCCCUGGUUUCAGAGCUGCGAUUGAGACUAAUCUUGCCCCUCUUACCGUAUCUACUUCUGCUGCUUCCCUGAGUGUGAUGGUGAACCCCUCUGGACCUGCAACAGGUGCAGAUUCCGUUGUUGCCGUAACAAGCAACGAGGCAGGAAAUUCUGCAACUGUUGCAACCCCAAAAUUUGAACCAGCAAUUGCUGGUCCCAGCCACGCCGGUCCCUAUGUGGAUCGAAAGGCGGUGCAAAUACCGUCUAAGUACGACGACAAAGAAGACAUUGAAUCCUGGAUCAGCUCCAUGAGGGCAUACUUCGAGGUGCUGGGGACUCUGCCAGAGACUCAGCCAGUGAUCAUGGGAAUGAAUGUCGAGCCGGUUGUAAGGGGCUUCCUAGAAGUCCAAGCUACGCGGGUUGGGGUUCCAAAGAUCGAACUGACAAGGUGGCUUAAGGCCACCCCGGUUGCCUCCCUCGAGGAGUUUCUCAUUGCCAAGGGUGGGCAGGGAGUGUUGUUGACCCUUUGCAGCAUUGCAGAAGCCAUGAUAUACUUCAAGAGCUUGUUGCCAGACCCAAACUUCGGGAUUGCCCUGGAGCUGGGGGUUCCUCAUAUACCAAACAACAAGAAUUGCAAUCGAACCGACGGGGGCAAGUACUUGAAGGGCUGUUCACCAGGAUUUGCCUCCAACGCUUUGAAUUUGACGGAUGCCGAGGAUAAUGUCACACUGAUGGGGAUGGAACCUGAUCGGGAGGACAGCAUAGGACAGGACUUUGAACAAAAGCCACGCAAAUGUUGCGAUGGUUUCUUCUGUCCAGAAGGGCUGGCGUGUAUGCUGCCAUGUCCACUGGGAAGCUACUGUGUGGAGGGGACACUCAGCAACGAUAGCUAUCCUUACUGUUCUCCGUAUGCGUACCAGCCUGCUUUGGGACUUGGAUGCGGAGGUGCUGAUUUUUGGGGCCUUGCCUCUCGAAGCCAGGCAAUGUUCUACGCAGAUGCCCAGGCUCGCCGAAAGGAAGCCCAGGAUCUGUUGCAGCGGCAUGAAGCCAACAGCAUCGACAAACUCAGGUUCUGGCACUUUGAAUCGAAUGGCGACGAGGCAACACCGGAAGAGAAGCACAAGGAGUUCCUCUCCAAACUCGUGACAAGGUUGUUGUACGCUUGCAACUACCAACGGUCAGAGUUGGAGAGACAGUACCAGGACCUGACGCAACAGCAUGAGGAGUUGGCAAAGCUCCGCCGCAUAGUGCAGAGCCACGAGGAUGCAACUCGGGCACUCAAUGCCCGAUUGCUGGACCAGGAACAGGCUGUACCAGGACCAGCUGCGGGGGCUUCCAGCAGUGCACCCUCUAGCCGCCAACUGGAGGACCGAGUUGACCACGGCGACAUCAGCACUUUCGCUGCGCCGACCACCACCAUCAGCAGUCAGCUACAUACAUUGAAGACCGAGGUCCAGCAGCUGCAUUCGACGAACGCGGACGACAAUCUGAAGAUGUACAAGAUGCCAACUUUCAAUCUGGAGAGGUUCGACGACUACACGCAGCAGGAUCCGGUCCUCUGGUGGGAAGCAUUUUCAACGCAACUCAGGAUUCUGCCUGUAGCCAAGCAUGCGUACAACGGCGCCCUGUUCCUGAACUCAAAGGGCCGAUGCCAGACCUGGUUGAGCCACCUGACAACCUCCCACGGCGUCGACGUACCAGACUUGAAGAACGAAAUCACAUGGGAGGAACUGACACGGCUGUGGAAGAAGCGGUUCAUCGUCGACGACGCGCUGACACUCGCCAUCAACCGUUUGUUCACCAUGUCACAAGGCAACGCUGCAACACACGAUUGGCUCACGGAACUUGAGGUGCUCGACCCAUUGACGUUCACGGACUUCCAGUGGAUGCCCGUUCCCCCGACCGGACGAUUGCCGAAACCGCAUUGCAAUGUGCUCAUGGCACAACUGCGAGAUUACUUGCACACUGCAGUACCGACUCCGUUGAUGGACGCCGGAGUAGAGGUUGUCGACCUUCACAUUUACAUCGCGAAGAUCGACCGCGAGUUCAAGACGCAACGGUACGACGACAUCGACACACCAUUGCUAUACGUACGCAUUCAGAUCGGAGAGGCGACCUGCAGAGCCUUGAUCGAUUGUGGCGCAUCUCGCAACUACAUCAGCCAGGACUUCCUGGUGCGCGCCGGCCUUGGCCCACGCGUCCGGAGGAAGCCCCAGCCUACGCAAGUCACAUUGACGGACGGUCACACGCGCAAGUCAAUCGACUGGUACAUUGACAGCGUCCCAGUGUACUUAGCCCCUCACGCAAGUGAGGCGGUGUCCUUUGACAUUCUGGACACCAAAUUCAACAUGAUCUUGGGCAUGUCAUGGCUGCAAAGCAAGGAUCACCCGGUGAACUUCUUCAACCGCACCGUUCACGUUCGUGACCGGAACGGAGUAUUAGUUCCAUGCACGGUACCUCUUCCUCAUCCUUCGAUCAGCUGCCACGUGGUAUCCGCCGCAAGCAUGCGAGCUUCCAUCAUCAGAGACGACAUCGAGGAGAUGGGGGUGUGUUUUCUCCACGCCCUCCCGCUCCAUGACGCUUCAUCGACGGACUCACCUUCGGAUCCACGCAUCAUCGAACUUCUCGAUGCCUACAGCAACGUGUUCGAAGGCCUGCACGGAGUAGUACCGGAUCGACCCAUCCGCCACGAGAUCAUCCUCGAGGACGGGGCCGUACCUCCGCGCGGUUGCAUCUACCGAAUGAGCGAGGAAGAGUUAUGUGUGCCUCGGGCACAACUCGGCGACCUUCUGGAGAAAGGCUGGAUUCGGCCUAACUCUUCUCUUCGUCCGGAAGAAGAACAAGGACCUGCGGUUGUGCAUCGAUUAUCGCAAGCUCAACGCUUCUUCUCUAAGCUGGAUCUCAAGUCAGGGUACCACCAACUCGAGAUUCGCAAGGAGGAUCGCUACAAGACCGCGUUCAAGACWCGGUAUGGGCAUUUCGAAUGGCUGGUCAUGCUAUUUGGCCUUACGAAUGCCCCAGCCACUUUCCAAGCGGCUAUGAUAACGGAGUUCCGACACAUGCUGGAUCGGUUUGUACUCAUCUACCUCGACGACAUCUUGGUGUAUAGUCGAAGUUUGGACGAGCGUGUGGAACACCUGUGCACCGUUUUGGAGCGGCUACGAAAAGCCAAGUACAAAGCAAACCGCGACAAGUGCGAGUUUGCACAGCAGGAGCUGGAGUACUUAGGACACUAUGUGACGCCGCAAGGCAUCCGUCCGCUUGCGGACAAGAUCGAGGCCCUACGAGUAUGGCCCGAGCCCACCAACACCGCGAACGUUCGUUCAUUCAUGGGGUUGGCGGGCUACUAUCAGCGAUUCAUUAUCGGAUACUCCAAGAUUGCUGCACCUAUGACGAGGUUACAGUCGCCAAAGGUGCCAUUCGUACUCGAUGACGACGCACGCCAGUCAUUCCAAGCGCUUAAGACGGUUAUGCUCAUGGCACCCGUCCUUAGCAUCUAUGACCCCACCCUGCCGACGCGAGUGACUACGGACGCUUCYGGCUAUGGCAUUGGGGCAGUCUUGGAACAGCACGACGGUGACGACUGGCACCCUGUGGAGUAUUUCAGCCACAAAGUGCCUCCCAUCAACUCGCUUGAUGAUGCAAGGAAGAAGGAGCUGCUCGCAUUCGUGAUGGUUCUCAAGCGUUGGCGGCACUUCCUCCUUGGGCGUCGUAGUUCACAUGGGUCACAGACAACAAUCCAUUGACCUACUAGAAGAUGCAGGACACGGUGAGCAGCACGAUCGGACGAUGGAUGUACUUCAUCGACCAAUUUGACUUCACACCGAAACAUGUCCCCGGCCUCUCCAAUCGCGCAGCAGAUGCACUCUCGAGAAGACCUGAUCUUUGCGCUAUGACACAUCAUGCCUUCGCAUUCGAUGAGGAGCUUCAGCGACACUUCAUCCGGGCAUAUCAGUCUGAUCCGGACUUUGGCACGCUCUAUGCACAACCAUC